AUGGAGCCCAACACGUUGCCUCUUCCGCGAAAGAAGAAGCAGUACCAGCGAUCAACUACCGGGUGUAUCAUGUGCCGUACACGCAAAAAGAAAUGCGAUGAGCAGCAUCCCAUCUGUACGGGCUGUCAGCGUAACGGUCUGAUCUGUGAGUGGCCUUCCGCCGAGAGACCCCAACGCAAACCACGACGCCCGCAGCACCACCAUUUGCCACAGAUGGGCUAUGCAUUGCCACCUCAUAUUGCGUCCAUGAUCACCGUCUUUGCUGUUCCCAAUGCGGACAUCGUCAAUCGCCUUCUCUCCCACUUCACUGACUACAGCCCACGAUGGCUAUCCACCCGCACAGAAAGCCGCCGGUCGGAGUUUCUGUACCAUCUCAUUCCCGCCGCAAUGGAUAGUCCACUCAUCCUCAAAUGCAUUUUGACCGUAGCAGCGGCAGAUUUGAUUAAAUAUGAUUCUUCUAACGUCGGGCUAAAGGGGGCUGCCGUGGAGUAUUAUGGCCAAGCCCUCGCGAGCAUUCGUGAAGCUGGCUUCAUGCACCAUGUGACCGUGACCGGCUGGCUGAUUCAUGAUUCAGACUAUACUUUGUUGGCAGUAUUGCUUAUAUGUCUACACGAGAUCCAAAACUUCUCCAAUGUUGAACGCUUACUGCCUCAUCUCAACGCUGCGGCUACCCUCUUCUCUCAGAGGCUAGACGAUACACCCCCAAACUCGGAGCUCAGAAAGCUUUUAUCUGAGAUGUUCUGCUACUUCUUCGCCCUGACAACGUUCACUCAUGGGCCAUAUCUCGCGGUCCACCGGGGCUCCUCCAUUGUCGAAUCCUUCCUCACGAGCUCGCAUGACACUGGAGCAAUCAUCGGCACCGCCCAGCAAGUCUUCCUCAUCAUCUUCCGCGCAUCCAAUCUCAUCCAGCAAGCAAAAAAGACAGGCAUGCCUCUGAACGCAGCCAUCAAGACCAAGCUCACAGCAAUGGAGCGCCAGCUCCAUUGUCUCCAGAACAAGACCCUACCCCCGUUUGACACGGGGUACACCGACAUGGAAGAACAAGGCGACGCCAUCAUGUCCGAGCUCUACAGACUAGGCUGCAUUUUGUACCUGAAGAGAACUAUCGACCCAUCCAUUGAUAUGAAAUCAGACACUGUCCAAGCUCACGUGACCGAUUUCAUCCGGCUGCUGAAGCUCCUGCCGCCGCAUCACCCUGUGAACUGUAUCUUCUGCUGGCCUUUAGUGGCCGUCGGCCUCUGCACCACCCUGCAUGCGCAUCAACGUAUCAUCACCACAAGGCUCAAGAAGAUCUAUGGGGUGUGGACUUCGGACCUCGUGACGAUGAGUAUGGAGUUGUUGCGUCAGAUGCAGAGUGCCAGUACGGGUAGUUCCUCGUUGCACUCUCAGUCUCGGGGGCAGGAGAUGGCAGCUUAUGGUAUGCAUGAUUUGCAGUUUUCGAUGGUCCUUUUGUAG